GUCUCGCUGGGACACAGCGUCGGUCUGGCCUCUGGUUUGCGGAGCGGUCGGGUGUAUUCUCCUCCCUCUCCCCCCAGCCCUCGAGGCCCCUGCCGCCCGAACCAACGGCGUAGCCAGCUGGUGGCUCCGCGGCGCCCUCCCGCACCGAUCGCUCCUCGCUGGGGCGGGACCUGGCCCGACGGCUCCGGUCACUAUGACUGAAACAUCUUUCCACCUAAUAUCAGAGAAAUGUGACAUUCUCUCAAUUCUCCGGGAUCAUCCUGAAAACAGGAUUUACCAGAGGAAAAUCCAGGAACUCAGCAAAAGGUUCAUCGCCAUCCGCAAGACCAAGGGGGACGGGAACUGCUUCUACCGGGCUCUGGGCUAUUCCUACCUGGAGUCGCUGCUGGGGAAGGGCAGAGAGGUCCUCAAGUUCAAAGAGCGUGUACUGCAGACCCCAAAUGACCUUCUGACCGCCGGCUUUGAGGAGCACAAGUUCCGAAACUUCUUUAAUGCUUUUUACAGUGUGGUGGAGCUGGUAGAGAAGGACGGCUCGGUGGCCAGCCUGCUGAAGGUGUUCAACGACCAGAGCGCCUCCGACAGAAUCGUGCAGUUCCUGCGCCUGCUCACCUCCGCCUUCAUCAGGAACCGCGCAGACUUCUUCCGGCACUUCAUCGAUGAGGAGAUGGACAUCAAAGACUUCUGCACUCACGAAGUGGAGCCCAUGGCCAUGGAGUGUGACCACAUCCAGAUCACGGCCCUGUCCCAGGCGCUGAGCAUCGCCCUGCAGGUGGAGUACGUGGACGAGAUGGACACGGCCCUGAACCACCACGUGUUCCCCGAGGCUGCCAUCCCUUCCGUUUACCUGCUCUAUAAAACUUCCCACUACAACAUCCUCUAUGCAGCCGAUAAACGUGAUUAAUUUUAGGCCAUGAAGUGGAGCCUGUCACCUAACGGGACUGCCUUCUGAAUGGAACAUUACGGCUUUUCAAUUUUUUAAGCGAUUUAGACUAUAGUUAGAAAACAGAAAGCACAGCCUUUUGGGCAGUCACUGGGAAUGAGGCUUACCAAUAUGGGCUGUGGUAACUUGGCAAUAUUUUUAGUAUUUAUUUUCAUGGAAAGUCAAAUGCUUUUUAACUCAGGGCUAAGAAGCCAGGAGCCCUGGCUCUGCCCCAGUUCCCGAGACCGUGGGUAGGUCACCUCCCCUCCCUGGGCCUGGGCCUUCCUCUGGAGGCGCUCCUGCCAGUGUCCGCAUUCCAUUGUGUAACAGCAGGGCCCUCGCUUUCUCUCCACCAGGGGCAGUGCCUCUGGUGGGGAGGACGAGCUCAAGGCCAGCUGACUCCCAGUUCUGUACAAAAGCAUCAAGUCCACUCAGCUGUCGGACUGGCCUCGGGUGGAUGACUUCAGGAAACAUGGGCCACUGAGGCCAAUGUGAAUGUGAGGCUUCAUCCCAAACAUUCAUGAUAGGAGUGUUUUCUUACCCUAACUUAAGAAGGAAACGGAGACUUUUAUGCCAAAGUCUAGAAGGGGAUCUUCUGCAUGAAGUGCAAGUUGUCGGGGCCCCUCUACCUCUCUCAGGGCCGGGACCGCCAGCCUGACUUGGACCACCGCUGGAGAAAAAUCACGGUCUGGGACCUGGAAGCUGUCUGUUCGUCCCCAACAUAUCCUGGAGGUAGACUAGCUACCCAGUCAGGUGGCACAGCACAUGCAGCCGUGGACUCCAGCCGAGCAGCGCGGGCACGCUUUGUAAGGUUCUCUGUCCCUCCUUCGCUCGGUGUUUGGGCUGGCGAGAGGUGAGGUGGGGAAGAACAAGGCAAGCCGAAGGACUUGGCAGUGGGGAGACUUCUGUUUGGAAACUGCCUGGGAGACAAGAGCCCUGGUGGGCAGCCGCCUCCUUCUUCUACCUGGACAUGCCCCUUAAGAACCUCACCUGCUGCCUCAGGACCUCAAAGAGCCCUGGCUGGCCAGGGCACUGCUAGCAAGUUCUAGUUCUCUUGCUCUGCGGGAGGAAAUGGAGAACGCGGGGUGUGGAACUGCCCGAGUUACUUCCUUCUUCUCACAGGCUCCAUUCUGCAGGGAGUUGUUAGAAACCACUGGUGCUGCAGUGCGAGUCGGCUGGUGUGACAACGCACAAUGCCCGGGGGCUGGAGCAGCCUGCUCCCAGUCCUGGUACACAAGCGUCACACCUGACUCAUCCAUCUGCCUUGGCGAAGAGACGUCAGGGUGCUUUCAUUCCGGCAGGGACCACAUUCCCAUCAGCCGCUGGCUGGAAUUGGAACCCAAGGGCUAAGUGAUCAUGCCACUGUCCACAGGAAUAUAAAUCUUACCCUUAUCUCUGAAUUGGUUCAGUGUCUCACCCGGUUCUGGGUAGGAGUGCUGGGCUGGGAGUGCACUGGACGAGUCGGGGGACGUGUUACAUGGUUUGUGAAUGUCAGCAUCCCGUGGCCACUCUGCGGGUGUGAGGUGGGUCCCGAGCCCCGGCCAGGCUCUCAGGCACAGCACCAGUAGCCCUGGCCGCCACUUCUCUGCCGUCGUGGCUUGUGUAGUGUCCACAAAAGCAGUUUUCCCUUUGGCAGACCGGCUGGAGAAAUGCCCUCCGAGGCUUGCCCAUGGUGUGCUUCUAGGCCCGAGGGCCCGCCAGAGCUCACGGGGGAGAGCCUACCACCUUAGAAUCAAUGCCCGAGAGGCGGGCUGAGUUGCUUUCGCUAAGGGAAGCACUGUGGAGAGAGAGGAACGGCACUCUAAGUAUAGAUGCUGCUCGGCUUAGGAUGGGUUCCGUCCC